CGAGAGUAGCGCAUUGCUCUCUAGGCAAAGCUGUCAGAGAGUGAAGGUUUGAGAAGGUGGUUAAGAAUUACUGAAAUCCUACUCUGUCGUUUCUGUGAAACUGCGUAAAUGUUGCGAUCUGUGCUCUCGUAGAGGUGUUUUUACAGCCGGGAGAAGCAUAAUAACGCGUUAAUAAGCCGAAUUGUAACGGAGAAAGCGAGUGUUAUCCAGCUAGCUAACAAUAAAAAACAGGCAAAUGGCGUUGAAAAGGAUCCAGAAGGAGCUGACGGAUCUACAGAGGGAUCCUCCUGCCCAGUGUUCAGCCGGACCAGUGGGAGAAGACUUGUUUCACUGGCAAGCUACGAUAAUGGGGCCGAACGACAGUCCUUACCAAGGUGGCGUCUUCUUCCUCACCAUCCACUUCCCCACAGACUACCCCUUUAAACCUCCCAAGGUCGCAUUCACGACAAAAAUCUACCAUCCCAACAUCAACAGUAACGGCAGCAUCUGCCUCGAUAUCCUGCGCUCGCAGUGGUCUCCUGCACUCACUGUAUCGAAAGUUCUGCUCUCCAUCUGUUCCCUGUUAUGUGACCCGAACCCUGACGACCCUCUAGUGCCCGAGAUCGCACACACGUACAAAGCCGACAGAGAAAAGUACAACAGACUAGCGAGAGAAUGGACGCAAAAGUACGCCAUGUGAGAGGAGUGCGUACGUCUGCACAAACACGGCGCAGAGAGCGAACGCACAGAGGAACCUGUUUUAACUUUUUUAAACGCGAGGAGAACGAAAGAGCGAGCGAGAGAGAGAGAGAGAGAGAGAGAGAGAGGGUUAGAUAUGGAUCAACACCGACACUUUGACUGGGAGGAAGCAGAGAGAGCGGAGAGACCCGAGAACACCACCGCACACCGGCUGUGCGCCGUUAUCUCAGAGCCGCGCCCGGAAUUCCGCACAGCUUGGAAAACACUCGGGAAAACCACAAACCCGGGAAAUUAGACUUUUCUGACUUACUUUUGUGACAUAUUGUUUCGGAGUGUUUCUCAGUGUCUUGGGUCGCUGAACACCGGAGAUGCAGGCGAAAGGCUUCGCUCACGUACACACCGUCUCCGGGCAUUUUCUGUACAGAUCGCGCGUGUGGUUGAUUUUUUUUUUUUUUUUUUUUUUUUUGUUCCUAACAGUUUACACUCAGGGGCACGGUACGCUUCAUAAACCAUUACAGUAUUAACAACACGACGGUUCCUCUUCAAGCGGAACCUCUUCUUUAUUAAGCGAGAUUUUGUUUAUUGAAUGUUAAAACUAAAUAAUAAAGCAGUACGUCUGUAUUAGAGAAGCCAGGACAGGACUCAGGAGUAUACGUGCAUGUCCCGUUUAAUCCCGAUUAUUCAAAGGAACCCUGUUUUACAUUUUUGUUUUGCUAAUUUCCCAUUUUCGUGUUAUAUAAAAAAUAUAAAAUGUCAGUUAAUUGCUAUCAAUUACUAUUAAUUCGUGUGUUACGAUGCAUAAAACCUGGUAAAAAGAAAAAAAGAUAUAUCACAUUUCUGGGAAUCCAGUGUGUUUACAUGCACUUCAGUAAUCUGGUAAUGGAAAAACUCUGUCUGCAGUAAUCAGAUUUCAUUCUAAACGCAUGACGUCAAAGCUUUUACAAUCUCAUCUAAUCUAAACCGCCACAUUUUUUAAAAUAUAUAUAAUUUCGGGGGUUUUUAACAUUGGGAAACUUCACAGAACAUUGUUUUCUGUUAAGUCUCUAGUGGUAAUAAUAAUAAUAAUAAUAAUAAUAAUAAUAAAGUUCAUACAUUUUGGAUGAAAAAAACAGAAAAAGAAAGAUACGGUACAUGGUGAUAUUUAACACGCAUCAUGUAUUUCCGAGAUAAAAAUCCGUCUUUUUCGGAAACCAGCAUAAAGGACGUCGAUUAUUGAUUCUGUUUUGGAAUCCCGAAGGCGCCAGGAAUACAAGAGAGCAAAUUUAUCCGUGCUCUCUGGACGGGAGGGGCUUACUCUGUCUCCUCUGUCAAUCACAAUGACACUAGCCAAUCGCAGGCAUCUGUGAGGUCGUGUAUGUGGAAGAGGGCAGAUAGCGCUUGAAAAGAUGCGGUUGUCUGGCUUCAUGUGUCUCAGAGGAAGCACAUGUUAGUCUUCAUCCUUCCUGUUUGGUAGCUGUCUCAUGAUCGGGGAAAGCUGGUGGGCGGGAAUUGGCCAAACGCAAAUUGGGGAGAAAACGGAGGAGACGAACUACAACAACACUAUAUCGUAUUGUUAGCGUGCAUGUAAACACACACAGCGAUUUGAAUUCAUGAAACGAUCCAUGUUUAAUUUGCAGUGAAGCGAACGUUUUAAUGAUUCCAAAACGGAUUAAACGGGACGCACAGAUUCCAUACAAUGUGAUACGACCGUAUUUUGUUAUACGUCUUGAGUGUGUAUGGUAGAAAUGUAUGUAUGAGAGAACUGACUCAGUAUAACAAGGACAACUUGUGCUUUAUUUUCUGAAGUGGUUUUGGCUGUUUGUUUGUUUUUUUUUUUGGUGUGUGAAUGUUGCCCUUAACCCAUGUUUCUCAUUACAGGGUUAAGAAUGGUCGUAUAACACCCAAGCCAAGUCCUCAUCCUCUCCCGUUUCCCACCUCAUGCAGAUUUUAUAGCCCUAAAACCACAUAUGCAUGUUAUCACAGUAUAUGUUUAGGUGAGUGUUGUCUUUUAUUUGGGAGGGGGGAGGGGGGGAAUCGAGGCCAAUUUUCGUACGUUCGUCCGUAAAAUUCAGCACGUUUGCUUGUUGAAAACCUCUCGGAGCAAUACGGUAGCUAAAGCAGGACUGUGAAUAUACAAACUCCACCUUUUUUUCAGUCUAAAGUGCUGCUCUUUGGAGCGUGAUUUAUAUCGAAUCCGAGCGAGAGCGUAAUCUUUAGUAACAAAUAGCCGCUAAUGUUCUAUACUAGCUUAGUGACUGAGUGUAGAUGUCGUGUGAGCAGCACAAGGUGUGGACUGAGGUUUCCUGUGUUUUGGUUUUUAAGCCCUUAUUAAACCCGAGGUACCUCUGAAGUGGACGGUGAACUUUGAUGAUGGGGUUCUCUGGGUUUAGUCCCAACAAUAAGCUUCCACUCGAGUCUCCCAUUCUUUCGUUCACGCUAGCAAGCAUCCGUUUAUUUUCUCUGUAUGUGAAGAACACUGAGCCAAGUGACAGCUUGAUUUUGUCAAUUCUUUGCACAUUAUGAUACAACGAUGAUGCUGUAAAGCGACAAAUGGUUGGUGCCUCUGAUGAGUGUAUGUAGCUAGUGCAGUUAGGGUGCUUGGCUAAUCAAAGCUAAUACAAAGCCUAGCACAGCCACCAGCGACAACGGUAGCAAUCACUACACGCCCACAAGAGAUACGAGCAACGUGUUUUCUGCUAGUUUGAAUAUAGGAUCAUGUUUCUGAUCUCCUGAAGCAAGGGAGGGAAAAAAAAACCAUGCUACGUUUACAUGUUGCUGUUGAAAAACACGUCGGUCCGAGUUUUAUCUGUAGCUCAGAACUAUUUGGUGUUGUACAAGAAAUCGAGACAGCUAUUCACGUCAAAUCGACUAAUUUCUUCAUUUAUCAAGUUACCGUUCGGUGGUUAGCUGAUGAUGGCUGAAGUAUGUUUAUUAUUACUUGGAUCUUUUCUCUAUUCGACUCUAUUCUCCCUGCAUUCUCUCUGAAUAACGUUUAGCAACUAAUCGAUCAUAUCCGUUACAAUAGACUGAAUUUGUGAAUUAGCUUAGCUUAGUAAUUGAUUUAGUAAAUAUAUUGGGUUUCUGUUGGUCGGUGCAUUGUUUUGUUUUGUUUUUUUUUCUCCUCAUCAAAUCCAGGAACUGGAAUAUGAUGGUGUUUGGUAAGCAGAAUACCAAAAUACUUGGAGUUUGUGCUUUUUGUUUUAUUUUUUCCCGCAAAACCUGAGCUUUCACUGAGAAUAAGGCACAAUUUGCUGACGCGUGAACGCUGUCUCAAUCUCCGGUCCACCUGAUGAUGAUGGUCUGGGGUUGAAUAACUCGUCGUUAUGUUAGCACAAUGACCAGAUUUCGAGAUGUUUGGUCAAGAGCAAAACCUUAAAAUCGAUGGUAGUCUGGGGUUCACAUGUAGGCAAAGAGGAAAGCCUUCCACUCCCGAGGCUUGCUGUUGAUUGGUUUUGGUUGGACACGUCAUGCGGUUACUGCAACGACGACACCUUUUGUGGUGUUCUGAACACGAAAACGUCGCACAAAACGUGUGUCCCGUUACAACCUUUGUGGCUAAACAUCUUCUGAAGAGAAAAAGGGGUGUUGUUCAGCCCACUGCCGAAUAUUAAUGACACGACUGGAAGAACCAAUAAGAACGUGGUCUCGAGUUUUCUGUGGAUUUGGGAAUGAAUGAAUCCUGAGCAAGUGGGAAAACACUGUAAGUCAUGUUUUUUCCAAAGGGCCGCCUGCUGUAUAACGUUUAGCACCACAUACCGUAUGUAAACUUGUGAGUUGUACGCCAUCAUAACCGCCUGGCUUUGUGCAUCAUAUACACUCUUAGGAAAAGAGGGUUCCUCAAGGGAGCUUUGGAUAUUUAAGCGUUCGCUCUGAGACUUUGAGGGAUCGUCUAGCGCGGUGGUGUUAAACUCAAACUCCGCCCGGGUCACAUCAAUAUUUUUGUGAGAAGGGCCUUAAUGUAAAGUUGUUCAUUUCUAAUGUAUUCUAUUAAUUAACACUAAUAACCAGCCCUGAAAGCUGAAUAGGAUAGUCGAAUAAAGCUAUUCAACUCAAUGACUACACUAUACGGACAAAAGUAUGUGCUCCCCUGACCAUCACACCCAUAUGUGGUUCUUUUCCAAACUGUUGCCACAAAACUUAGAAGCACACAAUUGUCUAGAAUGUGUUUGUACGCUGUAGCUUUACAGUUUCCCUUCACUGGAACUCAAACCUGUUCCAGCAUGACAAUGCCCCUGUGCACAAAGCGAGCUCCAUGAAGACAUGGUGUGUGAAGGUUGGAGUGGAAGAACUCGAGUGUCCUGCACAGAGCCCUGACCUCAACCCCACUGAACACCUUUGGGAUGAACUGGAACACCGACUGAACCCCAGACCUCCUCGACAUCCCAACAUCAGCGCCUGACCUCACUAAUGCUCUUGUAGCUGAAUGAACACAAAUCCCCACAGCCACGCUCCAACAUCUAGUGGAAAGCUUCCCAGAAGAGUGGAGCUUAUUACAACAGCAAACACAGAGGGGAAUAAAUCUGGAAUGGGAUGGUCGGGGGUGCACAAACUUUUUGCUGUCUAGCGUACAUCUAAAAAUUCAAACUGCUCGAGUGAUCAUGUGUGUGUGCUAGAAGGACACGACCGUUUUAGAGUUCUGGAUUUAACCUUAAUGUUUGUAAGAGUGUGCCUUCGGAGUUAACUCACUGGUGAACUUCCUGUACGCUUUUUUCUGGAGUGUUUCUGAAUGUAUCCUCUAAACGCUGCUUCUGUCUGGAUUGUUUGCUGCUUCUUUUUUUUUUUUUUUCCUCCCCAGUUAGUGAACUUGAAAUUUUGUUCUCACAAGACUGCACUUUGUCAUUGCUAGCCCUGGUUUUAUAGUUUUUAUUGUUGUUGAAGUUAUUUAUUUAUGUAUUUGCUAUUUAUUUGUCAUCACUAUCCACUACGAAACUACGGUCAGUCAUAACGUGACGAGAUGUCAUGUGACGUGACAUCAUGUGACGUGACAUCAUGUGACAUGACGUGUUCCUCUCUGCCUGGGUUUUGGACCUCGAAACAGCGCUGGAACGGAUCAGUACGGACACACUUUGCACUCUUCGUACAACCUUAUCAGGGAUCUUCUUCUCCAUGCUCCAAGUUCUCGCCUCUCAUCAUCAUCAUCAUCAUCAUCAUCCUCAGUCAAAUCUAGCCUUAACCAUCCAACCAGAACUGUACUGUAACGUUUUGCUUUUGCCCUCUGAAGACUUUUGGCAGGAGAGUGCUGCAGUGGACACACACUCACACUCUCUCUCUCACACACUCACACUCACACACAUACACACACUCACACUGAACCAUGCUAACCUCUCCUGGCUACGUGUUUUACGCUGAACACUCGUGUUAGCCGGAGCAACGUUCUCCUCGAGCUCUCAGAACUGCUGAAACUAACCUCGGAGGUGUUGGCAUUAGUGAAUAAAGCUCCUUUGGGUUUUA